GCCUGGGAACAUGGAUACCGUGACUAACGUUGGAUUCGGGAUUUCCAGCCCAACUUCAACUUCAACUUCAACUUCAACUUCAACUUCAACUUCAACUUCAACUCCAGCCGUGCAUAGACACACCCCACUAGCACCGCCCAAAUGCCACCUCUCCCCAGCCCCGCCCUUUCGAUCCUCACUGACGACCUGCGUACCCUUCUCGCCCCCACGCCCUACGCCUGCACCUCCCUCACCCAACUUCCCGGCGGCACAACCUCCUUCGUCUUCCUUGGCGUGCUCGCCACGCCUCUAGUCCUCACUCCCCCCUCCGGCGCCCAAAGAACCGAGGAACGCGUCAUCGUAAAGCACGCAGCGCCAUUCGCAUCGUGUCAUACCGAGUUUCUCGUGGAUGCAGGGAGGGUCGCGUACGAGGCUGCGAUGCUGGGUGCGCUGAGUGGGUUUCACGGAGUCAAACUCCCCGAGGACAAGAAUAGGGGGGAAGGGGCUGACGUGCAAGUGCCGGAAGUCUACUUCUAUGAUGAUCGCGCUAGGAUGCUCGUCAUCCAAUACAUCCCCUCCGCGGCCCCGCUUCAUACGGCUCUCGAAUCCCUAAGCAGCGCUGAGGCAGACUGCAUGGGCCGUGCGCUGGGGACGUGGUUGAAGCGGUUUCACACCUGGUGUGAGGAGCAGGCUGGGCUGAAGGAAGUGUUGGGUGGGAAUGAGGAGGAGGUUAAAUUAAAGUGGAAACUGACAUGGGUACAGGGCACGGGGGUAUUGGAUAGGCUGGGAGAUGUAGUGGGAGAAGAAGAGAGAGGGGCGUGGUAUGCUGCGAGGGACAGGGUGUGGCAAGAGAAGCAGAGCCCGGGCGUGUUACAAAGGGGAGUCGUGCAUGGGGAUUUCUGGGUGGGGAAUAUUCUAAUGCCCACUCCCCUCCCCAACCCAGAUGAAACCAGAAGCCUACAGCUCCACGUCAUCGACUUCGAAUUCUCUCACCUCGCACCCCUCUCCACCGACCUCUCCUCCUUCCUUGGCUCUCUUCUCGAAAUCUACUACAUCUCUCCGUCCCCGCUGACUUCCAUUGAACCCCUACUCACCGCUUUCCUCGCCGGGUAUGGAUCCUUCAGCGAGGACAUGAAAUGGCGCACUCUUAUUCAGACCGGGGUCUUCGUGGUCAACUGGUGGAGUCGCGGGCCGCCCGGGCGCGGGGAUGUCGAUGCUGAGACCAGGAGAAGGGGCCGGGAGUUGGUCAGGAUGGGGGUGCGGUGGGUGAAGGGCGGAUGGGAGAGGGAUCACACUGUAUUCAAAGGGACGCAGUUAGAACGGAUAGCCACGCAAGGAGCGAUGGAUGAGGUUGCAAUAAAGGUGAUAGACGUAAUAGAUGAGUAAAACAAGUAUUUUUGAAGGGGGCGCAGGUACUGAUUGAAAAAUAGGAAAGUUAAAUGCAGACCCUACUGCGAAAAUCAACGCUAAAUUGUGACCUUGCGGAUAGGAUGGAGGCGCUGAAGCUACUAUAAGAAGAGGGACAGGCGCUAGCGAGCGUAGAAUGCAUACCGCACUGGAAGGAUGCGACCAGAAGUUGAGUCUGAGGGAUGUAAAAGAGUAGUUAUCUUGAGGAUAGAUAAGUGAGCAUUUAUUUCUCUAGGAGAGAAAAGUCAGGAAAAGCGUAAUGACCCGGAAGGAGACAUGGUAAGGAUAUGACCGCUCCUUAGUUAUGCUUGUUGCGAAAUGUAACAGUGGAUAACCCAAAUCCUACGAGGGUUAGGGGUUCCUCGCGGUGUAGAGAAGGCUCUCCUGGCAUAAGCUUAGCCCCUGUAAGAAAAUAGUAGGUCAAGUAAUACUAUCAGAG